AUGCGGAAUCUUUCCUUUUUCAUUCUUGGUUUAACUUGGAUCUUUGUGGCUGCGAAUCCGAUUCGACCAACGAAAUUAGGGAAUGACGAUACGUUGCUGUUUGUGAAUGCGGCGUGGAGACACGGGAAUCGAGCACCCGAUGUCCUCUCGAAUGGCUCACUCAUCUCGUAUUUCAAAUAUGGAACUGGUCAAUUAACAGAGGAGGGAAUCGAGAACAGCUAUCAGCUUGGACGACAAUUGGCCAUACGAUACAUUAACACCGGUUUCCUGAAUCGAACACUCAAUGUUAAACAAGUGAAGCUGAGAUCGGUGGCUUUCGAGAGAUGUCUAUCGACUGCCGUAGCUGUCGGACAAGGAAUGUUCAGCGACAUAAAGCGCUCGAUUCCCCUUCCGAUUCCCGUUUUCACCGAGGAAUUCUCACGAGAUUCGAUGAUGGCUCCGAGUUGGUACACUUGUGCGCGCAAUGUCGAAAUCCAAAAGGCUCACUGCGCUAAUUAUACUCUUUACAAAAAGUACAACGAAUUCAUCGCUGAAGCGUUUUUCUGUCUCGGUUGGGACAAGAAAUCGAAAUUUUUCCACACAAGAGACGACGCGAAAAUGGUUGAAGGAAUAGUGAACGAGUACUUGGCUCAAGUGGAGAGUCGACCGCCUGAAGUGGUCGAGGAGGCGAGGAGAAUAUAUCAAGAUAUUCAAUCCUAUCAAACUGGCUUCUACCCACAUAGUGAAGUCGAGCUGGCCAAAUUGCAUGGAGGACAGUUGCUGGGAGCAAUGCUUGGAGAUUUCAACUUCCACAAAGAUUGCAAUGAGACGAGUACAAUGUUAUGUCAGAAGAAAUUUGCUGGCUACUCAACGCAAGAUUUCAUUCUGGCAGCAAUGCUCGAGUUGGUCGAUUUGAAAGAGAAAAUCCUCGGUAUUCAAUCUCCAUUUUUCUCUUCAGCAAUCAUUAUCGAGAUGUGGAAAAGGCCAUGCGGGGAUCGAUAUAUUAAAUUUUACUAUCGUCAUGGUCCGGGCGAACGCUCGAAAAUGGUGGACUACACAAAAGAUGUUCGCGGGUGUAAAGGACAAGUCGAGUGUGACUUUGAUGAUUUCACGAUUUUUAGACGACGAAUUCGAUUCCGAAUACAAAUUCAUCGAAAUGUCUGCCAUUUGGCAAUGAUGAAAAUGACGCCUUUCCGAGCAUUUCUCGUACUCUUCUUUGUCUAUUUCCCCGGUAUUGUCGCGAGUUUCCAAUUGAUUCACGUGUUUAGUAUUUGGAGACACGGUGAUCGGGCACCGGUGCGCCUUUUCUCAUCGCCUGAAGCUGCUGCACAUUCUCUAUUCAAGAAUGGACUCGGAAAUCUCACUGAUCAAGGGAUCCGCCAUGCGCAUAAAAUGGGUGAAUUUUGGCGAAAGCGCUACGUGGAGAACGGUUUCAUCUCAUCACCCGAACAAAUCCACGUCCGAUCGACGAGUCAUGUGCGAACGCAGCGCACAGCCAAAGAGGCGUUCAGCGCCCUCUUUCCGAAUGAAAAUUUUGAGCUCGAAGUUUACCCAAUUGAUUGGAAUUGUUUAACUAUCACUUUUUACAUGUUAAAACCCUCAUUGAUGGAUUGUCCGGUGGUGCACGCACUGCAAGAAGCAAAAUGUGCCGGCUACGUGAGAUUUCCGAGUGAUUAUGCAAAAAAUUUCGAUAGUUACGAAUAUGAUUUAUGGCGGUGUUUGGGAUUGGAUAAACAAGUGAAAUAUUUUGGCUCCGACAAACUGAGCUUUCGGCUUAUGGAGAGUGUGUUGAACGAGGCGCUGAAUAACUACCUCUUCAUCGGCACAAAUAUCACCGAUGCACAUGUGGAGGAGGCCCGGUCUAUGUACAGAAAAGUACAACGAAUCACUCUCGGUAUUGACCUCUAUCACGAGCCGGAUAUUCUCCGAACAUUAUCACAAAAAUGCGCUCAAAAAUCGCAUGUCGACAGGGAAAAAACGUGUGAUUCGAUCGUUUUCAACGGCUAUUCAUCGCAAGAUCUCCAAAUUUUCCCGUUUCUCGAGAUUUUACGAUCGACAAAGGCGGCUGUUGGCGAUGAUGCUCCAUUGUACACGAGUGGGAUAUUCGUUGAGCUUUAUGCAAAUGGAAAGGAUUACUUUUUAAAAGCAUUUUUCCGACGAGAUCACACCGAUUUCCUCGUCGAUUUGACGCCGAAUUUGCCCGGUUUUCAAGGGGAAAGCUGUGAAUUUGAGUCAUUCGUGUCGGCGGUGAGGAACUAUUCUCAAAAAAGCAACGAGAAAGCUUGUCAAGAUUUGGAGAAAAUCGAGGGAAGAUUGAAAGAAAUCGAGAAAUGGGGAACAAGAAAUGGAGUCGUUUUGAUUGAUCAGAUUGAAAAAAGCGAAGCUCAAUCAAUCGAAAAUUCUUCGUUCAUCUUAAAAUCUCAAAAUUUUCUUCUAUUUCUAAUUUUAAUUAUUCUUUGUUUUGUGAUAAAAAAU